AUGUUAGGUACACUUUUUCGAUAUGUACAAAAAUGUCCGCAAAUAGUAUUUAUACCUGUGCGGACAAGUGUUUAUACAAAUGUCACAGCACAAGAUCUAUGGAAAACAAUAACAUCUGUAAGUAAUGCUGGUGCUAAACGAGGUCGUGCUAAACGACGUGGUGCAACGAAAUUUAAAGAUCUAAAUAUUGGUCAAAGAAUUGGUCAAGGCAAAGCAAAUAUGCAAUGGCCUGGUCUAAAUGCGCCAGUUGUUCAAGGUCGUGAUAUUGUCCCUAUUGUGGAAAAACCGUCUGAUCCAAUGUAUCAACAACGCUUACUUGACGUACGUAAUCGUCUUGAUCGUUUUCGUCGUUUAUCAAUACCACCAAAUGAACGUGGUUUUACAGGUGGUAGUCCAGCUGGUAAAAGUCUUGGUCAACCAGAUCCAAUUAAUGAAAUAACUUUUGAGGAUUUUGAUUCUCGUCUUGUUGAAUUUAAAACUUUACAACGUACUAUUGGAAAAAUUGGACGAAAAAAAUUUACAUCAGCUUUUGUUGCUGUUGGAAAUGGAAAAGGUCUUGUUGGUUACGGUAAAGCAUUAACACAAGAUGCUCAACAUUCUUUACGAAAAGCUAAAUUAACUGCUUCAAGACAAUUACUUUAUAUACCAAUUUGUGAUGGACAUACAAUUUUUCAUGAUUUUUAUGAACCAUAUUUUUUUACUAAAAUUCGUUGUGAAAAACGACCACCUGGUUAUGGACUUCGAUGUCAUCGUAUUAUAGCAUUACUUUGUAAAUUAAUUGGUAUUAAAGAUAUGUAUGCAAAAAUUGAUGGUGCAAUUAAUCCACAAAAUAUAACAAAAGCGUUUAUACGUGGUUUAUUGAAACAAAAAACUUAUCAAGAUUGGGCAAAUGCAAAACAAUUACAUUUAGUUGAAUAUCGUCCUGAAAAUGAUUAUUAUCCACGUUUAUUAGCAAGUCCAAAUAAUGAUCGACCAACAAGAACAUCAUUAGAAAUUGAUCCUGAUGAAGAUUUAGAUUUUGAACGUCUUUGUUUUGAAGGACGAACUGUAGAUAAAGGACAAACAAGUGAACAAUAUGAACCAUGGUAUGCAACAAAAGAAAAAACACGUUAUGGAUGGUAUAAAUAUUUAAGAAGACGACAUUGGGAAACUGUACAAGAAAAAGCUACUGUUGAACGAUUAGCUCGUAUGGAUGAAAAACGUUAUGAUUCAUAUUAUCGUUAUCCAGAUCAAUAUCAUACAGAUGUAUUAAAACAACUUAAACAACGUUCACCACAUGUUUGGUAUCCUCGAUUACAUCCUCUUUUCAUACAAGACAAAUAUCUACAAAAAACAUCAAAUAUGCAAAUUUUCGUCAAAACACUCACAGGCAAAACUAUUACACUCGAAGUCGAACCUUCGGAUACAAUUGAAAAUGUAAAAGCAAAAAUUCAAGACAAGGAAGGUAUUCCACCAGAUCAACAACGAUUGAUUUUUGCUGGUAAACAAUUGGAAGAUGGUCGAACAUUAUCCGACUACAAUAUUCAAAAAGAAUCAACACUUCAUUUGGUUCUCCGUCUUCGUGGUGGUAUGCAAAUUUUCGUUAAAACAUUAACAGGCAAAACAAUCACACUUGAAGUCGAACCAUCUGAUACAAUUGAAAACGUCAAGGCUAAAAUUCAAGACAAGGAAGGCAUUCCACCAGAUCAACAACGUUUGAUCUUUGCCGGUAAACAAUUGGAAGAUGGUCGUACAUUAUCCGAUUACAAUAUUCAAAAAGAAUCAACACUUCAUUUGGUUCUUCGUCUUCGUGGUGGUAUGCAAAUCUUCGUCAAGACUCUUACUGGCAAAACAAUUACACUCGAAGUUGAACCAUCAGAUACAAUUGAAAAUGUUAAAGCAAAAAUUCAAGAUAAGGAAGGUAUUCCACCAGAUCAACAACGUUUAAUUUUUGCUGGCAAACAAUUAGAAGAUGGUCGAACAUUAUCCGAUUAUAAUAUUCAAAAAGAAUCAACACUUCAUUUAGUACUUCGUCUUCGUGGUGGUAUGCAAAUCUUUGUUAAGACACUUACAGGCAAAACAAUUACACUCGAAGUUGAACCAAGUGAUACAAUUGAAAAUGUUAAAGCUAAAAUUCAAGACAAGGAAGGUAUUCCACCUGAUCAACAACGUUUAAUUUUUGCUGGUAAACAAUUAGAAGAUGGUCGUACAUUAUCAGAUUACAAUAUUCAAAAAGAAUCAACACUUCAUCUUGUCCUUCGUCUUCGUGGUGGUAUGCAAAUCUUUGUCAAGACUCUUACUGGUAAAACAAUUACUCUUGAAGUUGAACCAUCGGAUACAAUUGAAAAUGUAAAAGCUAAAAUUCAAGACAAGGAAGGUAUUCCACCUGAUCAACAACGUUUAAUCUUUGCCGGUAAACAAUUAGAAGAUGGCCGAACAUUAUCUGAUUACAAUAUUCAAAAAGAAUCAACACUCCAUUUGGUUCUUCGUCUUCGUGGUGGUAUGCAAAUCUUCGUCAAGACUCUUACUGGUAAAACAAUCACACUCGAAGUUGAACCAUCGGAUACAAUUGAAAAUGUUAAAGCAAAAAUUCAAGACAAGGAAGGUAUUCCACCUGAUCAACAACGUUUAAUUUUUGCUGGUAAACAAUUAGAAGAUGGUCGUACAUUAUCCGACUACAAUAUUCAAAAGGAAUCAACUCUUCAUUUAGUUCUUCGUCUUCGUGGUGGUCAAUAA